UGCCUCUCCUAUAUAAUGGCUGGAGCUUUAUAUCUAUUAUGGCGAGGCCACAAAUGUACAGCAUCCACCCCAGACUCUCCUUUGUCUUGUCCUCCACCAGCUGUCACUGACCUGUCAGGAGGGGGAGGGGCACCAGGGGGUGUAUACAGUACUCUGUACACAUACCCUGAUAACUGGAGGGCAUAUAAGCCCCUCAUCGCUGCUCAGUAUUCGGGGUUCCCCAUCACGGUUGCUUCCUCUGCCCCGGAAUUCCAGUUUGGCGUAACUAACAAGACACCGGAGUUCCUGAAGAAGUUUCCACUCGGCAAGGUUCCAGCAUUUGAGGGUAAUGACGGCUUCUGUCUGUUUGAGAGCAGCGCCAUCGCUCACUACGUGGGUAAUGAAGGACUCCGUGGAGCUUCCCGCCUAGACCAGGCCCAGGUCCUUCAAUGGGUCAGUUUUGCAGACAACCACAUUGUCCCUCCGGCCAGCGCUUGGGUUUUCCCAACUCUGGGGAUUAUGCAGUUCAACAAGCAGGCCACAGAACAAGCCAAGGAGGAGGUGAAGCUUAUCCUGGCCACCUUGGAUGCUCAUCUCCAGACUCGGACGUUCCUGGUCGGGGAGAGGAUCACACUGGCUGACAUCGCUGUUACGUGCUCUCUGCUGUGGCUUUACAAACAGGUCCUGGAGCCUUCCUUCCGCCAGCCUUUUGGUAAUGUCACAAGAUGGUUUGUCACUUGUGUGAAUCAGCCCCAGUUCCGUGCAGUCUUGGGAGAGGUGAAGCUGUGUGACAAGAUGGCUCAGUUUGACGCUAAGAAGUUUGCAGAACUGCAGCCUAAGAAGGAGACCCCCAAGAAGGAGAAACCCGCAAAGGAGCCAAAGAAGGAAAAAGAGAAGGAGAAGAAGCCCGCGCCUGCCCCAGCACCAGCCGCAGAAGAGGAUCUUGAUGAGUCCGAGAAGGCUCUUGCAGCGGAGCCUAAAUCAAAGGAUCCCUAUGCUCACCUCCCUAAGAGCUCCUUCAUUAUGGAUGAAUUUAAAAGAAAAUAUUCCAAUGAAGACACACUAUCCGUGGCUCUGCCUUAUUUCUGGGAGCAUUUUGACAAAGAGGGCUGGUCCAUCUGGUACUCCGAGUACCGCUUCCCCAGUGAACUCACUCAGACCUUCAUGAGCUGCAACCUCAUUACCGGCAUGUUCCAGCGUUUGGACAAGCUGCGUAAAACUGGCUUUGCCAGCGUUAUUCUGUUUGGAACCAACAAUGACAGCUCGAUCUCCGGAGUGUGGGUGUUCAGAGGCCAGGAUUUGGCGUUCACACUUUCUGAGGAUUGGCAAAUAGACUAUGAAUCUUACAACUGGAGGAAGCUGGACUCUGAUAGUGAGGAGUGCAAAACCCUGGUGAAAGAGUAUUUCUGCUGGGAAGGAGACUUCAAGCAUGUGGGCAAACCCUUCAACCAGGGCAAAAUCUUCAAGUGAGGAUCCUGGGGAGGAAGAGAGGAGCUGUCUGUCCAAUGCAGAGCUGUGCGGGGUUAACUGGUUUCUUCAAACGCAACACUCAGACCUUUUAACUUAAAGACGCAAUCACAGAAAAUAAAAAAAACUCAAACAUC